UUCACAAGGGAACAACACAAAAAGAUGCCAGGUUAGUUCUCUUGCCUCUGCUACUUGCUUUUACCCAACAAAUGCUUCUUCAAGCAUUCAACAAAUGCUUCUUCAAUUCCGUAUCUGUAAAAUGUGGGUGAUGGUAUUUCUGUGGCCUAGAAGGAUGAUUGUUUUUCUCCUUCAAGCGUGUAUUCUUUCAGGAUGUUGCUUACACUAACUUCGCAUUCCAUCUCUUAUAACAGCUUUGAUCUCGUUACCAUCGGCGGGAUCUCCAUUAUCCUGCACUUUGAACGGGCUCCCUUCAUCACCCAGGAGCACACGCUGUGGUUGCCAUGGGAUCGCUUCUUUGUCAUGGAGACCAUCGUCAUGAGACACGAAGAGAAUGAGAUCCCGAGCUGUGAUCUCAGUAACUUUGCUCGACCCAACCCUGUGGUCUCACCAUCUCCUCUGACGGCUUUUGCGAGUUCCUGCUCCGAGAAAGGUCCUAUUGUUCCUGAAAUCCAGGCUCUACAGGAGGAGAUUAACGUUUCUGGUAGUAAAAUAAAAGUGAGUUACCUGAGCAGUCGCACGGCUGGCUACAAAUCAGUCCUGAGGAUCAGCAUGACCCACCCCACCAUCCCCUUCAACCUCAUGAAAGUCCACCUCAUGGUGGCCGUCGAGGGACGCCUCUUCAGAAAGUGGUUUGCAGCUGCUCCAGACCUGUCCUAUUAUUUCAUCUGGGAUAAGACAGAUGUCUACAGCCAGAAGGUGUAUGGGCUUUCAGAAGCCUUCGUUUCCGUGGGUUAUGAGUACGAGUCGUGUCCUGACUUGAUCCUGUGGGAGAAGAGGACAGCUGUGCUUCAGGGUUAUGAAAUUGAUGCUUCCAAGCUUGGAGGAUGGUCCCUGGACAAACACCAUGCCCUCAACAUACAAAGUGGUAUCUUGCAUAAAGGAAAUGGGGAAAACCAGUUUAUUUCCCAGCAGCCGCCUGUAAUUGGAAGCAUUAUGGGCAAUGGCCGUAGACGUAGUAUUUCUUGUCCAAGCUGCAAUGGUCUUGCAGAUGGGAACAAACUCCUGGCUCCUGUUGCCCUAACGUGUGGAUCUGAUGGAAGUCUUUAUGUUGGAGAUUUCAACUACAUCCGAAGAAUCUUUCCCUCUGGCAAUGUCACCAACAUACUGGAACUAAGCCACAGCCCAGCUCAUAAGUAUUACUUGACCACAGAUCCAAUCACCGGCUCCAUCUACCUCUCUGACACCAACAGCCGACGUAUCUACAAAAUAAAGUCAACCACCUCAGUGAAAGACAUUGUGAAGAAUUCAGAGGUCUUGGCUGGAACUGGAGACCAGUGCCUCCCAUUUGAUGAUACCCGCUGCGGAGAUGGAGGCAAAGGCACCGAUGCUACCCUUACAAAUCCCAGGGGCAUCACCGUGGACAAGUUUGGACUUAUUUACUUUGUAGAUGGCACUAUGAUCAGGCGGAUCGAUCAGAAUGGGAUCAUCUCAACAGUGCUGGGUUCCAAUGACUUGACAUCUGCUCGGCCUCUCAGCUGUGACUCUGUCAUGGACAUUUCUCAGGUACGUCUCGAAUGGCCCACGGAUCUGGCGGUUAACCCGAUGGAUAAUUCUCUGUAUGUGCUCGACAACAACGUUGUGUUACAGAUUUCUGAGAACCACCAAGUGCGCAUAGUGGCAGGGAGGCCCAUGCACUGCCAGGUCCCAGGGAUGGACCACUUUCUCCUUAGCAAGGUGGCAAUACAUGCCACCCUGGAGUCUGCUACUGCCUUGGCUGUCUCGCAUAAUGGGGUCCUAUAUAUUGCUGAAACUGAUGAGAAAAAGAUCAACCGCAUCAGGCAGGUUACCACCAAUGGAGAGAUUUCUCUCGUUGCUGGUGCACCAAGCAGCUGUGACUGCAAGAACGAUGCUAACUGUGACUGCUUCUCGGGGGAUGAUGGCUAUGCCAAGGAUGCCAAACUGAAUGCACCAUCCUCCCUCGCAGUGUGUGCAGAUGGAGAGUUGUACGUUGCUGAUCUUGGAAAUAUCCGAAUACGCUUUAUUCGGAAAAACAAACCAUUCCUCAACACUCAAAAUAUGUAUGAGUUGUCCUCACCCAUAGAUCAGGAACUCUACUUGUUUGACACAAGCGGUAAGCACCUAUAUACUCAGAGCCUUACCACUGGAGAUUAUCUUUACAAUUUUACUUAUUCUGGAGAUGGAGAUAUAACCCUGAUCACUGACAACAAUGGCAACUUAGUCAAUAUCCGAAGAGAUUCCACAGGGAUGCCCCUCUGGUUGGUUGUGCCCGAUGGCCAAGUCUACUGGGUGACAAUUGGUACCAACAGCGCACUCAAGAGUGUAACCACACAGGGUCAUGAGGUGGCCAUGAUGACUUACCAUGGCAACUCUGGUCUGCUUGCCACCAGCAAUGAAAAUGGCUGGACAACUUUUUACGAGUACGACAGCUUCGGCCGCCUGACCAACGUCACUUUCCCCACUGGCCAAGUGAGCAGCUUCCGCAGUGACACUGACAGCUCUGUGCACGUCCAGGUGGAAACCUCCAGCAAGGAUGAUGUUACAAUAACAACCAAUUUGUCGGCGUCGGGAGCCUUCUACACCCUGCUCCAAGACCAAGUCCGAAACAGCUACUACAUUGGUGCUGACGGCUCUCUCAGACUGAUGCUAGCCAAUGGCAUGGAGGUGGCCCUGCAGACUGAGCCACAUCUGCUGGCUGGCACCGUCAACCCCACCGUGGGCAAGAGGAAUGUCACCCUGCCCAUCGACAACGGCCUCAACCUCGUGGAAUGGAGGCAGAGGAAGGAGCAAGCAAGGGGGCAGGUCACUGUCUUUGGACGUCGUCUGAGGGUUCACAACAGAAACCUGCUGUCCCUUGACUUCGAUCGUGUGACGAGAACAGAGAAAAUCUAUGAUGAUCAUCGCAAGUUCACACUCCGCAUCCUCUAUGACCAGGCAGGGAGGCCCAGCCUCUGGUCGCCCAGCAGCAGACUCAAUGGGGUCAAUGUGACCUAUUCCCCUGGAGGACACAUUGCAGGCAUUCAGAGGGGCACGAUGUCAGAAAGGAUGGAGUACGAUCAGUCUGGCAGAAUUACAUCUAGGAUCUUUGCUGAUGGCAAAUCAUGGAGCUACACUUAUUUGGAGAAGUCCAUGGUGCUGCUCCUUCACAGCCAGAGACAGUACAUCUUUGAGUUUGAUAAGAAUGACCGGUUGUCAUCAGUGACCAUGCCCAACGUUGCCCGUCAGACUUUAGAAACCAUCCGUUCCAUUGGUUACUACAGGAACAUCUACCGACCCCCAGAAGGCAACGCCUCAGUUAUUCAGGAUUUCACAGAAGAUGAGCAGCUCCUCCACACAUUGUACUUGGGGACAGGGAGACGUGUCAUCUACAAGUACGGAAAGUUGUCCAAGUUAGCUGAAAUGCUCUACGACACCACAAAGAUCAGUUUCACCUAUGAUGAAACUGCUGGCAUGCUGAAGACAAUAAACUUGCAGAAUGAAGGGUUCACAUGUACCAUCAGAUACAGGCAGAUAGGACCCCUCAUUGAUCGACAGAUUUUCCGCUUCACUGAGGAAGGCAUGGUGAAUGCACGUUUUGACUAUAAUUACGACAACAGUUUUCGGGUGACCAGCAUGCAAGCAGUCAUCAAUGAGACACCUUUACCCAUCGAUCUCUACAGGUAUGAUGAUGUGUCAGGCAAAACUGAGCAAUUUGGUAAAUUUGGAGUGAUUUACUACGACAUCAAUCAGAUUAUCACCACUGCUGUCAUGACUCACACUAAACAUUUUGACGCCUAUGGCAGGAUGAAGGAGGUCCAGUACGAAAUAUUCCGGUCACUCAUGUACUGGAUGACUGUGCAGUAUGACAACAUGGGGAGAGUUGUUAAGAAAGAGCUAAAGGUCGGACCUUAUGCAAAUACAACUAGGUACUCAUACGAGUAUGAUGCUGAUGGCCAGUUGCAGACGGUGUCUAUCAAUGACAAACCACUCUGGCGUUACAGCUAUGACCUAAAUGGGAACCUCCAUUUGUUGAGUCCAGGGAAUAGUGCCCGCCUUACUCCACUCAGAUACGACCUCAGGGAUAGGAUUACUAGACUGGGGGAUGUGCAGUACAAAAUGGAUGAAGAUGGCUUCCUGAAGCAAAGAGGCAAUGAUGUUUUUGAGUACAACUCAGCUGGUCUGCUCAUCAAAGCCUACAACAAAGCCAGUGGCUGGAGUGUGAAAUACCGCUACGACGGCCUAGGAAGGAGAGUCUCUAGCAAAACCAGCCAUGGCCAUCACUUGCAGUUCUUCUAUGCAGACCUGACCAACCCAACCAAGGUCACCCAUCUGUACAACCACUCGAGCUCAGAGAUCACCUCCUUGUAUUAUGAUCUCCAAGGCCACCUGUUUGCAAUGGAGCUCAGCAGUGGCGAUGAAUUUUACAUAGCCUGUGAUAACAUUGGCACUCCUCUGGCUGUCUUCAGCGGGACUGGCUUAAUGAUUAAGCAGAUACUAUACACAGCAUAUGGGGAGAUCUAUAUGGACACCAAUCCCAACUUCCAGAUCAUCAUAGGCUACCAUGGAGGACUGUAUGAUCCCCUCACAAAGCUCAUCCACAUGGGACGGAGAGACUAUGAUGUGCUGGCAGGUCGGUGGACAAGUCCAGACCAUGACAUGUGGAAGCACCUGAGUAGCAAUAACAUCAUGCCUUUCAACCUGUAUAUGUUUAAAAACAAUAAUCCCAUUAGCAACUCUCAGGAUAUCAAAUGCUACAUGACAGAUGUCAACAGUUGGCUACUCACCUUCGGGUUCCAGCUACACAACGUCAUCCCUGGAUACCCCAAGCCAGACAUGGAUGCCAUGGAGCCAUCAUAUGAGCUUGUCCACACGCAGAUGAAAACCCAAGAAUGGGACAACAGCAAGUCAAUUUUAGGGGUCCAGUGUGAAGUGCAGAAGCAGCUGAAGGCCUUUGUCACCCUUGAGCGCUUCGAACGAAUCUACAGCUCCAGCAUUGCCGGGUGCCAGCAGAUCAAGAAGAACAAGAACUUCGCCUCUGGAGGCUCUAUCUUUGGCAAAGGUGUCAAGUUUGCCAUGAAGGACGGGCGUGUGGCCACUGACAUCAUCAGUGUGGCCAAUGAGGAUGGGCGGAGGAUCGCCGCCAUCUUGAACAAUGCCCAUUACCUAGAGAACUUGCACUUCACGAUCGACGGGGUGGACACGCAUUACUUCAUCAAGCAGGGCCCGUCAGAGGGCGACUUGUCCAUCUUAGGCCUCAGUGGCGGGCGGAGGACCCUGGAGAAUGGUGUCAACGUCACGGUGUCCCAGAUCAACACAGUGCUGGGUGGAAGGACUAGACGUUACACGGACAUCCAGCUGCAGUAUGGCGCGCUGUGUCUGAACACUCGCUAUGGGACCACUUUGGACGAGGAGAAGGCCCGUGUCCUGGAGCUGGCCCGGCAGCGCGCCGUGGCCCAAGCUUGGGCCCGGGAACAACAGAGAUUGAGGGAUGGGGAGGAGGGGAUUCGCUCGUGGACAGAAGGGGAGAAGCAACAAGUGCUAAACACGGGCCGGGUACAGGGCUACGACGGCUAUUUUGUGAUCUCAGUGGAGCAGUACCCAGAACUCUCAGACAGCGCCAACAACAUCCACUUCAUGAGACAGAGUGAAAUGGGCAGAAGGUGACAGAGAGGGUCGAUACGGUGACUUCUUGCCAAAGACAGCUACUCUUUUGUGGCCACUUACCUGACUGUGUUGUACUCAAUCCUUUUUCUAAACUGAACAAGGUGGGGGGGGAGGAAAAUUAGAAAGAGAAGGAAUAAUACAGUUGCACUGUAACUCAUGCAACAUAACUUUUUUUCCCCUUUAAUUUGGCCUUCACACAUUUUUUGCAAUGAACAGAAGGAAUAUUUUGCCGUAGUGUGAUCACAGUGAAAUUUACUGUCUCUUGUCCUUUUUUUUUCCCCUUUGUGAGGAAUUUGAAGUGGGGAGUCGUCAACGUACGUCCUUAGGUGUGAAGUGAGAAAUGGGUGUCUGUGCUAACUUGUGUCAUCCUAACCCUUUCUGAUCUGGGGCAGGGACAGAUAGCCUUCCACCCAAAACAUAGGGAGCCCACGGCGUGCCGGAGAGCUCUUUCUGAGAAGAAAGGAAAAAGAAGAUGACACUGAUUCCUGAACUCUGAAAGCGACUGUCUGAAUCAUGUGCCUCAAAAGAGACGUUACAAGUAGUUUUCACGUUUCACUUGGGACUUAAAAGUGUUUUUUGGGGGCUCCUGCUGAGCAGAAGUAGAUUAUAGAGGCGAAGGAGCUGAUUAUAUUAACUUGCAAGAUGAUUCUCUUCCUUCCUGAACUGGAAUAAAAAAGAAAAAAAAUCAGUCUUUUUUUAUUAUGAGAGUAGAUACUUUUUGUUUGUUUUCGUGUGUGUGUGCAAAUCCUGGUUUUAGUUAAAACCUAGCAAAAGCCAAGAAAGGGACUCCUGCUCUAUUGAGAAAAGCUAAAAAAAAUCCUCUCUCAUAAGUAGAGCUGUUCUAUAGGUGGAUUUAAUGCACCCAUGUUGUACAUUUGCUGAUGGCAUUAUUUCAUUAAAUGUAUAGUGUUUCAGUACAUGAGGCUACGUGUUUAACAGUCCACUGUGCUGUAUCUGAUAAAACCAGUUAAUUUUUAGGAAGCUGAUUUGAAUUUAAAAGUAGUAAUAGUAUCCCAGUGACAUACCACUGAAAAUUAGAGCAAGCCAAACCCUGCUUUUCCUGAUUCUGGAGCUUGUAUUUAUUGGCUGGGAAAUGCAGUUUUGAGUAGCAUGCUGGCAAGUCAUUUAUGACUAUGGCAGAUAAAUGUCUCCAGGGGACUUUGGCAGCAGGGAUUUUAAAACGUUUAAUAAGUAGCAACAGCUUGUGCAUGGUGGGACAAGAAGGGGAAUGCUGGAGUCAACCUUCUCACUAUUUCUUACACGAGACUGAGUUUAAUGGAGAGCCCAGUUGACUGUUAGCAGUGAAGAGGGGGAAAUUUGGAAAUGCCCACUACGGAGGGGACCAAGUGCUUUAAUAAGAAACUGCUGACAGAGUUACUCGGCAUGCUAAUGUAAUUUGUAUUCACAUAACCUCUGUGCUCUGGUAUUUGCAAGAGUCCUUGAAAUUCAAGGGAACAAGGAGAUGAGUCGAGCAUCCUCUUCCCUGCCUGCAGCAGCCCCAUGGUAGCCAGGGGCCAUUCCUGCAGGCAAAGAUAUUGCCUAUCUCUCACUGGGGCUAUGGCUGGAGGUGGCCAACCCUGGUCCUGAAUAGGCAUCUCCAUCACUCUGACACGUAUGUAUUCUGAUUCUGAGAGCUCUCAUUGUGCCUCUCUGAGAACAUCUCAAUCCUGAUCUUUUUUUUUCCUCAUUCACUUCGUUGUUUUUUUUUCCUGGCUUUGCAGAGACAUAUGAACCCAGGCCAAGGCUGUUCCUUUGCUUGGCACCCUACAACUCCUGUCCUCAGAGCCACCACUGCUGGCAUCCUCAACCCAGUCUGAUGCUUCUUUGCAGGCUCCGUUCCCCAAGAUAAUGCAUGUUGGGCAUGCACUGCUUGAGCAGCAAGAUGUGGGCAACCCCAGUGCAGUCCCAGUUUCCCUGCAGAUGCUGGCUGACAACUCCAGCUGCCUUGCCUCUCUGUUCCUGGGCACUAGCCAGGAGGAAGGUGACAGGAUGGAAAUUCCCCCAGCAGACUAUUCCUCCUCCAAUUCACCAUCAUUUGUAUUUUGGCAGCUGCAGAGCCCAGGGCUGAGCCUCCCUGGGGCCGACUGGUACAGCCCUGAAUCUGGCGGUCUCUCCUGUCUGCAGCAAGGGUGACAUUGCUGAUGCCAUAACCAACGUCCUAAUCACCACCAUCCCUUGCCGCAUGCAACUUUUAUGCUUUAGCAGGAGUGAAUCACAGGCAGCUGUGUUAGAAAGGGCAUCCAGCCCUGUUAGAGCCAGGUGAGAGCAGCAGCACCACUCAGGGCUUUGGCAGUCACUGAUGAAAAAGCCAUGGCAUCACCGCUUGUGUUGCUGGGAUAGAGCCCUUGACAAGCCUCGGUUGAUGUGAGGAUGCUCUGGUGGGGAUUGGAGCAACAUCAGCCAAACAGCAGCUGCCACUCAGAAGAGGCAGCGUUGCCUUCUCAGGGCUGACCAGUUCCCCUCCAUGGGAAACACUAGCAUUCCCACAUCUCCUCGAUUUUGUGGUGGCUUUUGAGUGGCUAAAAGAGCACACGUGGAGCAAAAAAGAGAUAUAUGGGAAGAUGAAUGGAAAGGCAUAAAUGUCCCAUAUACAUCCUACCCAAUGCUCCUGUCCAAGUGGCUCCGAAGAGAAGCGGUGCUUCUACUUCCAUCCCCAUCCAUGUAUUACAGUGCUACCAGGAACAGAGCAAGAACAAACCGCACCAUCAAGGGAAGAGGUCUGAGUGUGAAAAUUUCCUACUGGAACAGCCUGAGAUGGCACCUCUACAGCCUUACAGACUCUUCAGGUUAUUACAGGAGGUAAUGUCUUUGAGGAGCUCAACCAUUUUUUGAGUCUCAUGGUCCCACCCACCAUGGUGCAGGCAGCACAGGCUGCUCUUCUCUGCAUGCCCAAGCUCUGCAGACCUGCAGCCUGUAUGGAACUAUUGACAACAUGUCAAUAAAAGGGGGAAAAAAAGUACAUAUAUAUAUUUGUAUGUAUAUAUAAGUGAUGUUCUCUGUUUUAUCAAGGUUUUUAACUGGAAAAAGAAAAAAAAAACGAUUGUCUCUUCAGUGAUGGGUACAAACCUACCUGAAGAUGUCAACUGGUCAGGGUUCUAGGUGUCCCUGCUAGAGCAGGGGCUGGGCAGAGAACUCAGAGGUCUUUGCCAGCCUUUUGGUGAUUGUGAUUCUGUUUCUGAAACUUUGUCCACUGUGAAACCUUCAACAUUUCCACUGUACUUAUGCGGUAAAACAAGAAGCAAAUAUUUUCAGUCUCAAAGCCCUAAAUUUCCCCCUUUUGUUAAUGAAAAGUGCUUUUUCUACAGGACUUCACUGUUUUUCCUUGGAACUUAAAGGAGGAAGCUAUAACAUAACCAGUGCUGAGCCAAACCCUGAGCCAAAGUAAGGGACUGUAAAGUAAUGCUGUUACUAAGCAUUUCCAUUCAACUCCUGGCCAUGUAGCCCUUGUGCAACCCCAUUUGCUCCCCUGCAGGCCCACAUCAUGGCUGCCCAACCCUCCUUGUUUUGUUUAUGGGCUGUGGAUGCUUCACUUCUGGAAGGCUUUGGAUACCAAUCCCACUGAGCUAAGCCCGAUAUCCCAUGGCUCUUGGUGCACUUCUGAAAGCCAGUCAAGUGCAUGACCAUUGCUACAGAGAAUCACAGAACGUGGUUUCGGCCUUGUAUGCAUUCAUGGCUUGACUUGGAGAUUCCAAAAAGAGGAACCACUUCAAAAUGCAAAGGAUUGGCUUGAAUUACUUCAAACUCCUGGGAAUGUCUUCAUAUUGAAGAGCUGUGUGAAGGGCUGGGACCAAAGCUGGAAGAUCAAUUCCAACAUCCUGUACUGGUCAGUCCCGAUACGAGCGGUAGGUGAAGGAUGAUGGCUCCAACCCUCCAUAGCCACUGCUGGUACCAAAAUGAGCUUCACUUGGAGAUGUACUAGUGAUGGGAUCGACUGGAUUUGGACACAAGUUGGUGCCAUGAUGGCUCUACACCUGUGAUACAUCCUGCAUGCUGAACCUGGACAGAGCGAAUCUAAUUUGACAUUGCAAGAAAUGACACAGAAUUUGUUUCCUCUGAGAUCUUUUUUUUUUAUUUUAUUUUUAUUUUUGUCCUUUGCAAUUGAAGAUUAAAGCUUGGAAAAAUCAUUAAUCAGCAAUGACCAGAGGGAAUCAUGCAGCUCAUCAUAUCUGUGUCAUCACAGCUAUUGAUAGAGCUCCACGAAAAUGGGACAACAAAUCUAAAUGAUACCAGGCAGGAGCUAAGGAGAUGAAGGUCAUUUCAAGCCCGGUGCUUGAUUUGGGUUUAAAGCCACAGAUUGAGAGCCAUCCCCACGAUCUGUCUGGCUGCAGGUUGGAAGCAGUGAGGGAGAUUUCUGUCAUAUAUCUUGUAGUUGCUCUAUAGAGCUUAGGGAACUGGGUGAGAUUCUACUCUGUCUAUUAUACAGAGAGUGUAACCAGAGUAAAUCAACAUAGUUAAAAAAAAAAAAAUCUAAUAAAGUACUUUUUCAGCUGUGACUUGUAAGUGUCACCGUGAUAGAUGGCAGUGCAAUCCAUUAUGCAAAGACAAGGCUCUUAACAUGAAAUUUUAGAAUUCAAUUUUACGAUUUACAGAGAGGGCCCCCCUCGUAUUUACAGCACAGCAGCCUGUUUGAAUCUGUUCUCGGUGUAAUUGAAACCAGGGACACGGGUCUUGGCUGCUCACUCUGCCACUUUUUAAACAGGGAGGAGAAAUAAGUACCUAUAAUGUUAAUAAUAGAGCUAAAAAGAUCGCUUUGCUGUUAAACCUUUUUUCCUGUAUCUCCCCUUGCUGAUGGCGAAGGGCUGCAUGUCUGUGCUGCUGGAGCUGGGAAUGGGAAUGUACUGGGGUUGGGUUUGGUGGGAUGAAUCCAGCACCCUCUGUCCUACAGCAUCCACAUCCUUAUGUGGACACCUUUGAGCAUCUCUUUUUUAAAAUGACUCUUUUUGUCACCAUCACUAAAUAUGUGGUUAUUUGAACUCCCCUGUUAUACUGAAAGAUUCCAAGUUUUGUCAACAAUAAAACAGAUUUUUUUUUUAAUCUCUAUAGUUCAUUAAAAUUACUUGUGACUGCAGAGUGAAUUUGCAACAACUUCUGUGGGACAGGAGCCCUGUGUUGCUCCCAGCAUCAUGCAGCAUGCACAAUGCUGUGCCCCCAAAACCAUCCCACAAAAGGGAAUCCUUCUGUGUCUCUAUGCUGCUUUCCUCUAAGUAGUGCAAAAACUUGGUGUUCUUGGCAAAGUACUGUAAGGCUCGACUCUUAACUCCCACUCCAGUGGCCCAUGCCUUCUGCUCAGGGGAGCACUGAAAACCACGAGUGAAAAUUAACUAACACACACACAUAUAUAUAUAUAUAUACACACACACACAUAUAUGUGUGUUAUUUUUUUUACCUUUUUAAAACUGCUCAAGCAAACAACAGAACUUUCCAAAAACUAUUACAACUCCUGGACAAUCAAAGAAACACACUUUCUUAUUAAAAAAGGUUAAUUUUGUGCGAGGACUUCUAAUGCAGCUGCAUCUGAGAGGAGGACUUGGUGUCAAUGCUGCAUCUACAAGCCCAGCGCUGGAGACUCUUGUCAUUACCCUGUGUAAUAAUUUUCCUGAAGUCUGGAACUAAUUUCUUGAGAAUUUUUUUUUUUCUCGACACUCUGCAUUUCUAAUGCUGUAUUCUUGACUGUGUAAAUACAACCAGGCUGUAAAUAAGUGCAGAUGUAGAUACCUUCUAGAAAAAAAAAAAGAGAAAAAGAAAAAAGGGAAAAAAAAA